AUGGACAAGUUCCGGAUGAUCUUCCAGUUCCUGCAGUCCAACCAGGAGUCCUUCAUGAAUGGCAUAUGCGGCAUCAUGGCCCUGGCCAGCGCCCAGGUCUACGCGGCCUUCGAUUUCAACUGCCCCUGCCUGCCGGGCUACAACGCAGCCUACAGCGCCGGCAUCCUGCUGGCCCCGCCCCUGGUCCUCUUUCUGCUGGGCCUGGUCAUGAACAACAACGUGUCCAUGCUGGCUGAAGAGUGGAAGCGGCCGCCGGGCCGCCGUGCCAAGGACCCGGCCGUGCUGCGCUACAUGUUCUGCUCCAUGGCCCAGCGCGCCCUCAUCGCACCUGUCGUGUGGGUAGCCGUCACGCUGCUCGAUGGCAAGUGCUUCCUGUGUGCCUUCUGCACCGCUGUGCCGGUGACCAUGCUAGGAAACAGCAGCCUGGUGCCUGGCCUGCCCCCACCCGAGCUCGCCCGCUUGCUGGCCCGGGUGCCCUGCCCUGAGAUCUACAAUGGCGAGUGGCUGCUGGCCCGAGAGGUGGCCGUGCGCUACCUGCGCUGCAUCUCCCAGGCACUAGGCUGGACCUUCGUGCUGCUGACCACACUGCUGGCAUUUGUGGUGCGUUCUGUGCGGCCCUGCUUCACGCAGGCCGCCUUCCUCAAGAGCAAGUACUGGUCCCACUACAUCAACAUUGAGCGCAAGCUGUUCGAUGAGACAUGCACGGAGCACGCCAAGGCUUUCGCCAAGGUCUGUAUCCAGCAGUUCUUCGAGGCCAUGAACCAUGACCUGGAGCUAGGUCACACCCACGGGGCACUGACCACAGCCCCCGCUGGCUCAGCCGCCCCGGCUCCUGGCGACGGUGCAGAGGAGGAGAAGGAGAAGCUGCGUGGCAUCACCGAUCAAGGGACCAUGAACAGGCUGCUCACCAGCUGGCACAAAUGCAAGCCGCCCCUGCGGCUGGGCCAGGAGGAACCGCUGGUGGGCAAUGGCUGGGCCGGGGGCGGCUCCCGGCCUCCACGCAAGGAGGUGGCCACCUACUUCAGCAAAGUGUGA